UCUGUCAGCUCGGGCGGAUGGUGGUGGGGGUGGAGCAGUGUUGCGCCCCUAACCCAGGGGUCUCCAGCCCCACGUGAACAACUCAGUUCCCUGCUCCUGUAAUCCUUGGAGCACAGACAGGCUACCUCUUUCCUGCCUUUACUGCCCUUUGGGGUUCCACUACAGGGGUUGGAAGUAAAGGGGAGAGAAGCUUGAGGUGCCAGGAAAAGAGUCCUCUCAACUGGAUCUCGGAAAACUGUCCUAACCUGGAAUAUCCACGGAAAAGACUAAUUGUGGUGCGGUCAGGGGGCUCUCCGGGGUUCUAACUCUCCCGCCAACAUUAAGUGAGAUUGAGUUGAGGUGCCCCGCCCAUGUUAUGGGUGGGGCUCCCAUGUGGUGUGUAGGGGAUUAUUAGACGCUGGCUCUUGGCCAUCCUCGCCUCUCUUGGAGCCUUCUUCCAGUCCAGCCAUGAUCCUGUUCUGUCUGCUGUGGAGCUGCGUUUUCACCGCCGUCCAUAUGAAACCAUCCAUGUUUUGUGAGAAAAACCAGUACUUGGUGAAUGGAAUCUGCUGUGAGAAGUGCUCGCCAGGAACAAAGCUGGUCACUGAUUGCAGUGAGGACAGUGAAACCCAGUGUGAGCCUUGCCAAGAGGGCGAGUUCCAGUCUUCCUGGAACCAUGAUAAAUACUGCCAUCAACACAAAUACUGUGAUACCAAUUUGCUCCUCAAGAUUCAGGAGGAAGGCUCCUUGACAAAGGAUACUAUCUGCAUUUGCACAGACGGUUUUCACUGUACUAGCCCAGAGUGUGAGAGCUGCAGCAGCCAUAGCCCCUGCCCACUAGGCUUUGGCGUCAAGCUGAUUGGCACAAGUUCUACUGACACCAUCUGUGAACAUUGCGAGAAAGGCUUUUUCUCCAACGUGUCCUCCGCUUCUGAAAAGUGCCUCCCCUGGACCAGGUGCAAAGCCACAGGACUGGUGGAAAUUCGGGAGGGGACGGAUACAACUGAUGUGCUCUGCCAAGACGGUCCCAAAUCUCGAAUGGGUCUCUUAGUGCUGAUCCCCAUAACAGUAGGAAUCUUCUUUGCUAUCAUCGGCUUGUUGCACUGGAAAUGUCUGGGUUUCAAGGAGCCAAAGAACAAGGUUGGCCAGCAAGAGUAUUUGGGUCCUGUGCACCCAAGAGCAAAUCCCCAGGAGAAUGAAGAGGAUCCCCUCCCUGUGCAGGAAACCUUACUUCGGGGCCAGCCAGUCACCCAGGAGGAUGGCAAAGAGAGCCGCAUUUCAGAACAAGAGGGACAGUGAGAGGCCAUGGGUCUCAGGGGCUGCCAGGGCCGGAAUAAGGCCAGGUAUCAAGUCUCAGGGCAUCUUGAUGUAGGGGGAAGCCCAAGAGUACUGAUAGCAGAAUUACCAGCAGCUGCUGUUCUGGAGGCAGAGGGAGGGGUGGGGGAAGGACUUGGGGGGCUGCCUGCUUCCCAUCUGACCCUUGAAGUGCAUGGUACAGAGGGUCCUGAGACUUUUUCCCCUUAGUAAUGACUUUAACAUUUCCAGGCCCCAGAGUUCCCCUCUUGGCCCUGCUGCCUUUGCAUAAGGAGGGAGGAAAAGAGAACAUGAUCCAGUUAUCCCACUGGCACAAUUCCCCAACCUCUCUCCUGAAGCCACAAGAGGGAAUUCCUGGCAUACAAAUACACACUACCCAUAAAGCACUUUUGAUCCUGGCCGGUCCUUCUGACCCCUUCCAUGUGGAAGAGGGGAAGCUUACUCUUUAGCAUCUACUUCAAGGCCCAGGGGUCUUCCCACCCUCUCCAUCUUAGCCAUAGUGUGAGUGGCUGUUGCUGUUGCUGCUGGGUGCAGUAGAGCCCUACUCCCCACCAUCGGGGAGAACAUCAGGAUAAAAAUGUAACAUCCCAUUAUCUUCUUGCAGUACAACUGAGGGGGAGACCAGACAGGAGGAGCAGAGGGAGCAGGAGCCCAGGGAAGGGAGUAGGGGAUGGGGAGCAGUGGGAAGGCUGCCUUAGCUCACACUGGCUAGGGCACAAAUUCAAGGAGGAUGUGGAGGGGAUGGUCAGGCCUGAGGCAGUCUGUCUCAUUCAGUGUUAUUUAUGAUCACUGAAAAGUGGGAUUGGGGUUGGGGUGUGUACACACUGCCUGGAAUGGUAUGACGGUUGGCAUCUGUUGGUAACUUGGAGGCUGAUUAAAUAAAACUUUGAGGUCCAA